AUGUCAGUAUUGGGCUCAUUUCUCGUUAACCAAGAGGUGGCGAACGUUAGUUGGCGUUGUCCGCGAUGCUCUCCGCAAAGCGCCCGGCGUCUCAAAGUUCCAGAGACUACGGCUAAGAAUCGCGGGAAGAAGUCCGCCCCGAAUAGCGAUGCAGGGUCCGAUCGUGGAGCUGGUUCCGUCUUAGACCUGACUGAGCAGCAGUUGGAAGAGGAACAGCUAGCAAUGGAGAUGGCCUUUGCAAAGCAGAUCGAGUUGCGGAAACAGCGUUUUGCUAAGCAGCAGGCUUGGAACGAGAGGCGGAUGAAGCUAGAGUGGGAGAUGCGCGAGCAGGAGCUACGAGCGCAGCGUGAAAUGGAGCAGCGGCAGCUAGAGCAUGAGCAGAAAAUGCUUGACUGCCAAUUGGCCGCAGAACGUGAAUUCUCGAAGAAGCGGGAUGCUAUUCGGAAACAGUUCGACGACAGCAUUAAUAAGGUCAACGCAUUGAAGGGCCAAUAUGGAGCUGUCAGCGGUGCUUCUGCCUCCAAACCGGAACAGAAGCUGGAUGACUGGAUGCUGGAUUAUCGCGGAGCCUAUCCAAAGCAAGGAUAUCUGCAGACGGGAAGCAGAAGUUUGGCCUUGUUUAUCAGCAGUUUCGAGUACACGACUGCAGCUUGCGGAUUCUCAAACCUCGAGAAUUUGAAGCGUUUGCAGGACUGUCUACAGGGUGACGCACUUGAGGCGGUCAGGAGUCGGCUAGUGUUACCGGACUCUGUUCCGGAUGUGAUCGGGGAUCUUCGAAAUCUGUUCGGAAAACCGGAGAAGCUGCUCAGAACGUUGCUGUCGAAGGUGAGGAACGCGCCGUCACCGAGAGCUGAUCGAUUGGAGACGUUCAUCAGCUUCGGGAUAACGGUGAAGCAGUUAUGCGACCACCUUGAAGCGUCAGGACUUUGCGACCACCUAAACAAUCCGAUGCUGGUGCAGGAGUUAGUUGACAAGUUGCCACUGAGCUACAAACUGGAUUGGGUCCGGUAUAAGCGAGGGAAGGUGGACAGUCCGUUGCGAAUGUUCACGAACUUCACAAAUGACAUCGUUUCGGAUGUGUCGGAGGUGACGGAGUUCUCGACAUUGUCGCUAAGCGAGCGCGAGCCUUCGCGAAUGGGGAAAGGAAAUUCCCGAAAGAAGGAGUUUGUCCAUCUCCAUGGCGCGGACCAGGUUUCUGAUGAAAUUCAAAGAGAGACAGUAACUAAGCCGUGCUGGAUCUGUAAACGAACGGAUCAUCUCAUCAGGUGCUGUGAGGAGUUUAAGCGGAUGAACAUUGCCGCCAGGUUGAGAGAGGUUGAGCGACAAAACCUGUGUGGUCUUUGUUUGAACAAACACGGAAACAGCAGAUGCACCUCGAAGAUUCGAUGCUUCAUGCAAAAUUGUCGUGGAGGCCAUCAUCCACUUUUGCAUCGAGUGGAGGAAUCGGUGCGGCUGCAGAAGGUAGAAUGCAAUGCUACCGAAAAGGCAGAUAGUGCGGUUAUUUUCCGUAUGAUGCCGGUGACGCUUUACGUGGGCAAACGACAGUUCGAUACUACUGCGUUCUUCGACGAAGGGUCGUCGGCUACGUUGGUAGAUGAUCUGGUGGCCAGGCGGCUGAUAGCAGAAGGUACUCUAGAGCCGUUGAUAGUGACGUGGACGGGCAAUAUCAACCGCUUUGAGACCGAUUCGAGGAAGGUCGAACUGAUGAUGUCGGCGAAGGGUUCGAAGGAGAAAUUUCCGCUGUUCAACACUCGAACGGUAUCAGAGUUGGUGCUGCCGAAGCAGAACGUGCGAUUCGCAGAUGUGGUAAAAAAAUAUUCCCAUCUUGCACGCGUUCCGCGCCGUUGUAGUCGCGGGUCGGUAAGCCAAACGAACCGAUUGCCGUGCGGUCAAAGAUUGGCUGGACAGUGUAUGGAGAACCGAAGACCGAGUGCGUACACUUACCUGAAUCUGCACUCGAUCGUUCCAGCAAGCAAUCAAGGUCUCCAUGACAUGAUGCGAGAGCAAUACAUGCUAGAUGAGACAGCGAUUGCGACGUUCGCUGUACCGGAGCCCGUGGAGGAGAAAAGAGCUCGAGAGAUGCUUGAGACAACGACGAAGCGAGUGGGUGAUCGCUUCGAAACGGGGUUGCUGUGGCGUGAGGACGCACGACGAUUCCCUGACAGCUAUCCGAUGGCUCAGAUCGAGGACUAUCAAGUCAAACACUACGCGCACAAGGCGAGUGAAGCCGAACUGAAGGGUACGCCACAAACCGCUGUGUGGUAUCUACCGCUGAACGUCGUAGUGAAUCCGAAGAAGCCGAGUAAGGUGCGCUUGGUUUGGGAUGCUGCAGCAUCAGUGAACGGAGUCUCUCUUAACUCAGAGUUACUCAAAGGUCCGGAUAUGCUAGUUCCGCUUCCCAGAGUAAUCUGCAAUUUUCGGGAACGGCCAGUAGCAUUUGGUGGUGACAUUCAAGAAAUGUACCAUCAGAUCCGGAUCAGACCUGAGGAUAGGCAAGCGCAACGGUUUUUGUUCCGAGCGAACACUCAAUUCGUGAAGAACUUGAAUGCAGCAGAUUUCUCGGAGAAGUACCCUGAAGCAGUAGAAGCCAUCGUGAAGCGUCACUACGUAGAUGACUACUACGACAGCGUGGAUACUAUCGAAGAAGCGAUCCAGCGAGCCAGCGAGGUGAGGUACAUCCAUUCGUGUGGAGGAUUUCGGAUCAGAAACUGGGUGUCGAACUCUGCUAGAUUUCUCGAACAAAUAGGAGAAAGGAGUGUCGAUUCCGCAGUGCAUUUCAACUGGGACAAGAACAACGAAUACGAGCGUGUGCUAGGCGUCGUUUGGGACCCGGUUGGAGACGAGUUCCGUUUUGCGACCGAAUGGAAAGCAGAGUACAACAAGGUUUUCCUAGAGGAAAAAUGCCCGACGAAAAGAAUUGUUCUGAGCAUUGUGAUGGCGCAAUUCGAUCCAGCAGGAUUUCUUGCUCCAGUUACAAUUCUCGGGAAAAUGCUGGUUCAGGAUCUGUGGCGGACAGGCUGCGACUGGGAUGAUGCAAUCGAUGAGCUGUCGUUCAGGAAGUGGUUGCGGUGGACCAACAUUCUCGCAGACGUGCCAGUGUUUAAGCUACCUCGAAGCUAUUUCGGAACUGCGAGAUCAGAUGAGGUCGAAGAAGUCCAGCUUCACAUCUUUGCGGAUGCCAGCGAGACGGCGUACGGAUGUCUGGCAUACUUCCGUGCAAUCGUACGGGGUAAGGUGGUGUGUUCGCCAGUGAUGAGUCGAGCGAAGGUAGCACCGUUGAAGCAGCUGUCGAUUCCGUGGCUAGAACUCCUGGCAGCGGUUCUUGCGGCAAGGCUGGCACGAACGAUCGAGGAGAAUCACAACUUCACGAUCAGUAAAGUGGUGUUCUGGAUUGACGCAGAAGUGGUGCUGUCCUGGAUUCGGUCGGAUCAGCGCCGCUACAAGCAAUUUGUUGGUUUUCGCAUUGGCGAAAUUCUUAGUUUGACUAAACUGACAGAUUGGCGAUGGGUUCCGACGAGAUUGAACGUGGCGGAUCUGGUAACCAAAUGGGGUAAAGGUCUGGAGAUACACCCCAACAGCCCGUGGGUACGUGGGCAACAAUUUUUGUACGACAGUGUAGAAAAGUGGCCGAAGAGAGAAUUACCUCCAGCUAACACUACGGAGGAACUUCGGGUUCACUUGAUGCUGCACGACGUGCAAGUUGCACAGGCUAUCGUGGACGCCAAUCGGUUUUCUAAGUGGACAGUGCUGGUGAGGACGAUGGCGUGCGUAAUCCGGUUCGUGUCGAACUGUAGACGAAAGAGCAAAAAACUGCCGAUUGAGACGCUAAAAGCAACGAGCAGACAGAGCAGAAUACUACAACUGACGCCAGCUACGUCAGUACGUGUGGCGCUACAGCAAAGUGAGUACGAGAAGGCGGAACUAUGGCUGAUGAAGAUGGCACAGGCGGAGUGUUUCAUCGAUGAGUUGAAGGUACUGGUCAGAAAUAAAGAUCGGCCGGUGAGCCAAUGGCUGGCGAUCGAGAAGUCCAGUGCACUCUACAAACUUACUCCGCUGAUUGACGAAAACGGGCUGAUUCGAAUGGAGGGGAAAGCAGAGAAAGCAGAGUUGCUGUCAUUCGAUCUACGUUUUCCAACGAUCCUGCCACAUCAGCAUAAAAUCACGCAGCUGAUUGUUCAGCAUUACCACGAGAAGAGCGGUCACGGAUAUCGACAGGCGGUGAAGAACGAGCUGAAGCAGCUGUUCUACAUUCCGCAGCUUGACGCAGUAGUCCGGAAGGUGUCGUCGUCUUGCGUAUGGUGUAAGGUCCAUCGAAGUCGGCCUCGAGUUCCACGAAUGGCUCCGCUACCAGUGCAGCGGUUAACACCGAAUCUUCGUCCCUUUAGUUACACAGGUGUGGAUUAUUUGGGCCCGUUUGCUGUUACUGUGGGACGCCGAACGGAGAAGAGAUGGGUCGCAUUGUUCACCUGCUUGGCAACCCGCGCGGUGCACCUGGAGGUGGCUCACGGACUGACUACGUAG